AUGGAAGCCUUGAGAAAAUCCCUGAAAUCUCAUGGUGCUCUGGCUAAGCAACAACCAGAGCACCUAGAAGAAGAAAAACGACCUCUACUGCACCAUGACAGCGAUUGUCUCAUGGCACAGUCCUCAGGUUCGCUUGACCAGUAUGAGGAAGUUAUUGUCAACAUUGACAAUGCUGAUGUUUCUGACAAAGAACCAACCCUUGGUUCAAAAUCCUGCACUGAAAGUCAGAGCAGUAAAGUUAGAGGUUCAUCAAAGAAAUUCAAAGUGUCAUUUGAGGACGUAAUCAACGAAACUGUCCGGCAAAGAAGCAAGGAAUUCACACACCAACCAUCUUUCAGUGCUUUUGAACAAAAUCCGUGGAGGUCAGUCGUGAACAAGGCAAAGUCAAGAUUGGUAGACCUGCCUGAGGAACACUAUCGAAGAACCGAGAGAACGGUGAGGUCUGAUGGAGCUUUUGGUGAAGAUGGUGGUCAUAAAGAAGAUGAUAAUGAAGACGUCCCAGAAGAAUAUAGGAUCAUAAAACACAAUACCUUGAUCAUGCUUCAAUGGGUGAGUCUUGUUUUAAUUACUGCAGCCUUAGUUUGUAGCCUGUCCAUUCCUGCAAUAAAGAGGCAAACAUUGUGGGAUCUUCCACUAUGGAAAUGGGAGAUAAUGGUUUUGGUACUUAUCUGUGGUCGUUUGGCGUCUGGUUGGGGAAUUAAGGUUGCUGUGAUCUUCAUUGAACACAACUUUCUUUUGCGGAAACGGGUUCUGUAUUUCGUUUAUGGGUUGAGGCGGGCUGUUCAAAAUUUCCUCUGGUUGGGUUUGGCUUUGCUUAUUUGGCAUCUUAUUUUUGGUGAUAAGGCUGAGAAGAGCAAGAGCAGGAUCUUGCUCUAUGGGACCAAGAUUCUGGUGUGUUUCUUUAUAGGAACAUUGAUAUGGCUUUUGAAAACCCUCCUUGUUAAGGUUCUUGCUUCAUCCUUCCAUGUAAACGCAUUCUUCGAACGAAUCCGGGAGGCUCUGUUCAAUCAAUAUGUAAUUGAGACACUCUCUGGUCCUCCAUUGUUUGAAAGGCGAAGCACCAAGGAAGAGGAAGGGACGGUCCCCGAGAUUCAGCAGGUAAGAAAUUUUGGGUCUGCUAAUCCUAGUCCAGGUGACCUCAAGGAAACUCUCCUUGCAAGGGAAGGGAGUGAAAAGCUACGAAGAUGCACCACGGUUGGGAAGAACUCCAGAAUUUCCAGGACAAUGCCUCAUAAGAAAGAAGAAGAGAUUUCAAUUGACAACCCGGAAAAGCUAAAUCGUAAGAAUAUAUCAGCUUGGAAUAUGAGGAGGAUGAUAAAUACCAUCCGCCAUGGUUCCUUGUCUACUUUAGAUGAGCAAAUACUUGAUUCAGACAUCACAGAUGACUCUUCACUACAUAUCAGAACUGAGUGCCAGGCAAAAGAGGCAGCCAAGAAAAUAUUUCAGAAGGUGGCUAAGACAGGAUCCCACGAAUUUUACCUUGAUGACUUGAUGCGCUUUAUGGAUAAAGAAGAAGCAUUGGAGGCAAUGCAUCUCAUUGGAACAUCAUGUGAGAAUGAAGGCAUAAGCAAGUCAUCUCUUAACCACUGGCUGGUCAAUGCAUUCAGAGAGCGAAAGGCGCUGGCAUUCUCUCUCAAUGACACAAAAACAGCCGUGGAUGAACUCCACAAUAUGUUGAACAUCCUUGUCAGCCUGAGGGUUGAAGAGAUGAAUAUAUUAACAACAGUGUUCUUGAGGAGUGAUAACCAGAAGAUCAAAUACCCCAACAGUGUUCUAGCAAACAAGCCUAUCGGUAACUUCUAUCGCAGUCCAGAUAUGGCAGAGACAAUUGAUUUCUGUGUCCACAUCUCCACUCCAAUGGAGAAAAUUGGUAGAAUGAAAGAAAAAAUAAAAGGGUAUGUUAAAGGAAACAGUAACCACUGGCAUCCAAGUUCGAUGGUGGUCGUGAAAGACAUAGAGGACAUGAACAAAAUGAAGAUGUCGCUGUGGGUUACACAUAGGAUGAACCAUCAGGAAAUGGGGGAGAGAUGGGCUAGGAGAACUCUUCUCCUAGAAGAAAUGAUCAAAGUGUUCAAAGAGCUCGAUAUGGAAUAUCGAUUGCUGCCCUCAGAUGUGAAUGUCAGAAAUAUGCCACCUUUGGUCUCGACCAGGCUUCCCUCAAACUGGACCACUUGUGCCAACUAA